AUGGCCCAGGGGGUCCAGCCCAACCCAGUGCUGAGCUCUCUGCGACACAGCUGGUCCUGCUCGCUCUCCAAGAUGCUGUUUUGGCACAACCAGCUGGAGCACCUGUGGCUGAGCCCCAGGGAGCUGUACCAUGGGCCUCCAAGCAGCUUGCUCAGCGAGGCCUUGCCCUUACCUUACCUGAAGCAGGAAGAGCUGGCCAACAUCCCCCGAGCGGAGCAGCCCUGCCCCGCGUUCCAGUACGUGCUCUGCGCAGCCACGUCCACAGCCAUGCCACCGGCUGUGAAGCAGCAUGAGGAGACCCUCACCUACCUGAACCAGGGUGCACUGGGCCUGGGGAUGGAGAGGGGCGAGCGGGGUGCUAGCCAGUCCUAUGAGGUACGGAUGCUCUGCAACCCCAAACUGGUCAAUGCCACCCAGGAGCCCCGGCUGCUGAAGAGCGUGGUGCGUGUGGUUUUCCACGACCGGCGCCUGCAGUACACUGAGCAGCAACAGCUGGACGAUAUCCCUCUGUCUGUGGGGGUGCUGGAACCCCAAGUGCUGUCCUCACAACUGAACACCGUGGAGUUUUAUUGGGACCCGACCAAGAGGACCUCUCUCUUCCUGCAGGUUCACUGCAUCAGCACUGAGUUCACUCUUUGGAAAAAAGGUGGGGAGAAAGGCGUCCCCUUCCGCCUCCAGAUCGACACUUUCAAGCCCAGUGACAAGGAGCUUCCGCUGGAGCACCUGCAUUCAGCUGGCUGCCUCGUCAAGGUGUUUAAGCCCAAAGGAGCUGACCGGAAACUGAAAACUGACCAGGAGAAGAUUGAGAAACAGCCCGUGCAUGAGAGAAACAAGUAUCAGACAGCCUGUGAGAGCACCAUCUUCAUGGAGUGUUCACCGUGGCCAGAGCCCGUUUCAGGGGCCCACCGGCCUCUGAGCCCUUUUGCUCUGACCUCUCCCCCACUCCUGCAAGCUCCUGUCCCCGGAGAGGCACUGAUCUACUGAAGCUUACUCCCCAGGACCUUAUUCAGAUCUGUGGAGCUGCUGACAGGAUCCGCCUUUUCAAUACUCUCAGAGCCAGGUGGUUCAGAAUCUUAAGGAUGAAUCAUACUCUGUGGCUGUGGCGAAGAAAGCAAGUCGCUGGAACCCCUGAGACAAGCUGAGCUGAGCUGGCCAAGCCUGUGAGGCAAACACCCUGGCAAUAUGGAUAAGCAACUCUUGCCCGAAGCUGCUCAACUACAGCUAUUCUUGAACAGUGAGGUUAUAUGGCUUAAUUUUUUUUAAUGUAGUUGAAUUAAAAUCUUAAUUUUGUGUUU